GACAAACUCCACCUCAUAAUUUGGAACCACAAGCAUAACCCCUGCAAGGGAAUUCCACCCCAUCUGUUACUGGCCUCAAAGAUUUGAACUAAAGGGGAGCUGCACACGGUCUCAACAGAGCUGCAGCAGAACUUAAAAACCCAAGAGUACUAAAGUAAUAUCCACUUUUGCUUGUAAGUAAUCAGCAGGGAUGUUGUUACUGGGGAGUUUAAAAGCAAUGAAGAGGAAGCAGCUUUUCUGGACAAUGUUCUGUGUUCUGAGCUUGAUGGACAAUAAAGUUUCUGGUGGAAACAACCACAGCUCAUCAGCCACUACCUCACCUUCAGCGAUGAAUGCUACUAUCACCAGUGUAACACCAGCAAUAACAACUAUCACUCUCACAGAAAAGAUGGAGCCUAAAACUAUUUCACCAACACCAGAAGGAAAAGCAAGUACUACUGAAAUGACCAAAGGGACUGAAGACACCAGCCCUGCGACUUCCGCAGGACCCACCCAAGCACACACGGAUGUGUCAGACCAGUCAGUGUCAGUGAAAACAUCUCCCGAUUCACAGCCGAACACAUCACAUGCUCCUUUCAGCACGACAGCACAAGCCAUGACUUCGGAAAUGGUUUCGACAGCCACUACUACUGUCCUCACAGAGCAAACUUCCCACUCAGCUACCACAGGACCCCCACCUAGUAGCGCAGUGAAGCCCAACUACACCUCUGCUUGCCAGAAUAUUAAACAUGUGAAGAAGCCCAGAGUGAUCUGCUUGCAUCUCAGUGAGCCCGACACAUGUAAUAAUUUUCGAAAGACAAAGGGAGAAAAUUUAAGUAUGGUGAUUUGUGACACAACCUCACCCUACAAUCGCUUCUCUUCUCCCCCAUGCCACAUUGAACUCGCCAGAUCUGAGGUGGAUCCUUUUUGCAUGCUGCUCAUUCAGGCUGGCAUGAAAGAUGCAGAUGCAAUAGAAAAGCUCCUCCAAGAACGGCAGCCUGAUCUAAUUAAGAUUGGAAUAAAAUCCCAUCAACUGGAGAGUAUUGGACGCCACCAGAACAUUCCCCGGAACACGCUGAUUGCCUUGGUCACAUCUGGACUCUUGCUGGCGUUUCUGAGUUUGGCUGGAUACUUCCUUAUGAAACGACGGAGUUGGAGCCCCAGGGGAGAGAGGCUGGAUGAAGACCUCUAUUACACUGAAAACGGUAGCCAGGGCAAUACAGGGAUCACCGUGGCCUCCCAAGAGCACUCCGCGCCGCAGGAGAAGCCAAAUCUCAACAGAGGGGCUCAGAAGAAUGGGACUGGACAGGCAUCCUCAAAAAAUGGACAUUCAGCCAGGCAGCACAUUGUUGCUGACACGGAACUGUGAAAUGUGCCAGGGUGACUGCCUUAUUAUCAUGAUUUGAAGGGGGGUGGGGGAGAAGAGACAGGAGCAGGGGGUAAGGGAGAGAUUAUCCCUUGGAUGGCUGGGAAAAUAUAACCCUUUUUUAUCUGAAGAACUCCAAAGUCCCACUCUAAAGCACUCUAAACCCCAGAGCUAACGUAGCACUGUGUUGACCUAUCCUAGCAAGGAGCUUCUAGGGGUUAAUACAGGGCUAGGGUUCUUUGCUCUUCCUUUAGCAGAAGAGAAUGGGAUGUGAUCAGCAGUCAAACCACCCAAGCAAGGGAUGGGGAAGAUAUUUGGAAAUUCAGAGCUAUGUCAGCUUUGUAAGAAAUUGGCUUGAUACUGAUUUUACUUGGAAGGGAAGGGAGCAGGGAGGGAGUUUAAUUCUUCAUGAGCCGAUGGAGCAUUUUACUGUCUCUUGUUAAAGACACAUGCUAUUAACCUCGCUUCCAGGCCUCCCAGUGGAGAAUCAGGGGCUGUCUGCGUGAGAGACACUUCCAAAAAGUGAGGAAAUGGCCUCCCCUUACCAUCCUCUGAACUACAAAAGUGAAUGCCCCAAAACUGCAAGUCCCACCCAUGUACCACUACUCUGGUUCUGUGCUCUCAUUGUUAUAUGUAAAAAAUAAGAAGUGCCAUAUAGCAACUGAAUUGCUUCUAAUGAGAUAUGGGCUCAAGCCAGAAAAACCUGGAUCCAGAUUACAAACAACUCAAAUUCCAGCAGGGGCUUGGGCCCAUUACAAUAUAGGGAUCUGGGUUCUGACUACCAUCACCUCCGAAGUUGUAAUGUCUUUCGCUGUGAUCGUUUGGUUUAGCCUCAUCUUUGUAUUUAAGUGCAGCCUUUUCCUCUCUCAGCAACAUUAGUAAGUUAAUGCCCCUUCUUGUGCUUUAUAUCCUCUCAAUGUUUAAUGCUCUUGUGGAACUUGUAUGUAAAGCUUUCCAGGUGGAGUCUGGUAUUGAGAUGUGAAUAGACUUGGAGUUGAAUUACUAUCUCCCCCCCCCCCCCCCCCGCCUCAGCAUAUGUGUAGUUUUGCAGUGAAUCCUCUGGUAUCUGGCUCCCAUAGACUGGAGGCACUAGUUGAAGGUGAAGGGAGUGAUAUGUGUGUGUACAAGAGCAUAUGACACUGCUCUAGACAACUCACCCCACUUUGAGUGCUUGCAACAGUAUUGUCAAGCCACGUGGAAGGAGCUGGCAUUGUUACCCACCAUGAGGCCUUGGAAAUAUGUAGAUAUCAAAGCAUUCCUAAAAGAAUCCAAAAAAUUGUCAUACAGGAAAGAAACCUCAGUCCUGCUAAUAGAUGUUUGGCCUUCCCUAGUAAUAGGGGGUUGUGUAUAUAUAUAUAUAUAUAAAAAAAACAUACAGGGGAAAGAUUUUCACUCUUAAGAACAAAGAAAAGGCCUCUCAGCAACACUGAAGUGUUAAGGCCAGGAGCAAUCUCUACCUCCUCUUGAGCUUGAGAUUGUUCUCUUGGAAAAAGUGGUUUUAGCCAAGCCCAUUCUGUGUGGGUCAGGAGUCACAUAUCAUUCAGUAAAGGGUGAAGUCCAACAGACCUACUUAUGUCUGGAUUCACUUUGUCGGAUGGAGCCAGUCCCCAUGAAUAUUUGCUGCCUGUAGCCUUUGUGGUUCCUGGACUCCUGACCAGCAGGCCACAGUUUGGCUAGUUGCAGGUGGAGGCCUCUAUCAGUAGGACCAGUGUUGUUAUAGCAGCUACAGCCCUGCCCUGGGCACAGCCUUGCGGGAUGAGGGAGCAGGUAUGUGUAAAGGGAAAAGAAAUUUAAAUGAAGAAAGGGGACUGGCUGGCUCACUGGCUUUCACCUCUAUGUCUCGGAUUCCAAUGAAGCCCAGGUUGGUGGCUGACCACAGACAUCGCUAUAUGAUCCAUGUAUUGGUGGCCCGUGUACAAUGAGUAGGGGACACACCAUCACCAUUGGCAUUAACAGACUCCAUUCUUGGCAGCUUCAGCAUUGGGGCUGAGGACUAAUGGGCCUGGAAAACUGACAUACCCUCUCACUACUAAAGGUUAUUGCCAUUCCUUGUCAAGACUGAGACUCACAGGUGUCUGGGAUGUGGGGACAGGCUGCUUUCUGCCUGAUCAUACUAUGCUUAACCAGAAGGAUUUCAAUUUCAAGUUCUGUCAAUCAGGCCCUUUUCACCAGCACUAAAGUCAAGUAAAAAUACAAAAACUAUUGAUUUUAAGUUUUGUUUGUUUUCUUUUUUACAAACAGAUCUGUAAAUACUGUCAGUAAAAAGAGCUGAGAAUUGAA